UACAUGAGGAAAUGAUGAAAUUUUACCGGUUUCUCAUUCAAUACUCAGUUUUAGACGGUGGGAGUUGCGCGUGAGUUUUUAACCAAAAGUUUAAACAUUCUUUUUUCCCCCAAUAAAUUCCGCCCUUAUCAACGAAUAAAGCCGGGAAGAUGGAAAAAUAUGGACCCAUGGCGGGAGCUAUUGCUCUUCCUCACAUAGGUGGUAUAACUGCUGCUUUCAUUACAAGGAAAGAGGUUAAAACAUGGUAUGAGACUCUUAAGCGCCCAGCAUGGAGACCCCCAAACUGGGUAUUUGCUCCUAUGUGGACAUCAUUGUACACAGGCAUGGGAUACGCCUCAUAUCUUGUGUGGAAAGAAGGUGGUGGUUUUCAAGGACCUGCUAGAUUACCUCUGAUGCUUUAUGGAGGAAGUCUUGCUCUGAACUGGGCAUGGACACCUAUAUUUUUUGGGGCUCAUAAAAAGGGACUGGCUCUUGUGGAAAUAGCUGCUCUCUGGGGUACAAUUGGAGUUUGUACAUAUACAUUCUAUCCAAUAAGCAAGACAGCAGCAUAUCUAAUGCUACCUUAUUGGGCUUGGGUGACCUUAGCAUCAGCUUUGACUUAUUGCAUAUGGAGAGAUAACAGGGAUAAAAAGGAUUAAAAUGCAUUUUUAAAAUCAGUGUUGAAUUGCAUUUAAAUUUGCAUUAUUAUUAUUGAACAUGGAUGCUUAUAAUAAAUGUAGAGUUUCGUAAAUGUUGAAUAUUUGUAAUGAGAUUUUUGAAAUGUUUCUGAAAUUAUUUACUGAAUGUACAAUUUUGAUGAUCACUGUAUAUUGUGUCAGCAGCUAUUUUUCCCCCCUACAAAGUUAAUAUACAUUAGCGGAACAUUUUGUUCUUGACCAUUUAAAUAUAUUUUUAGAAUAAAAGAUACAAUUUUUGAA